AUGACGACUCUCCCCCGGACGAAGCUUGCCCCUUCCGCUAUGCCGUCACAGCCCCCAACCGUGAUAAAAGCAGUGAAAGUCGUGGCUGCUAAUGGCGCUCAAACCAUCCGAGCUCAAUCGAAGAAAGACAAGACGAAGGCUGCGAACGGACAAGAUGGUGUGGAUAGAGCAGGGAUGAGCAAAGAUGUGGUCAAAGCUGUUCUGGCAAGUCCGUUGACUGUAGCUUGGCCAAAUAUCCCUCGACAUCUGCAAAAUGCUACUCUGCAUGCAUUGAAGGAACUCGUACCUCCCGAAGUUGCUGAUUACCACGUAUCCAGAGCGAGAUGUCAUCAAAGAGAGAAACGAAAACAUAGGAAGAUAACGCGGAAUGCGAAUGGCAAAGGGGGUCAAGAGAAAUCAGACGCUGAUGGAAAAGACGUUGAAAUGAAGGAAGGAAUCAGGACCACUUCGAGUGCGGAAGACACGACGAGUAGUGGAGUAGGGACCAAAAGGGUCUCUAUCGAACUUCCUACAGACGAACCAGCACAAAAGAAAAUGCGACUGGAUGAAACUGGAGAAGCAGAAGGAGGAGGUGAAGGUGAAUCAGGAUCUAAACCUGUCAAACCAGAAAUACUAUCGCACAUGGUUUUAGGGAUAAAUGAAGUGCUCAAAUCUCUGGAAUCGCAAAUAUCGGAUUUGAGAAUCCGCAUAAUGAUCAUGGGAGAUACAUUAAACGGUGUACCUACGACUUUGGCUAGAAACGAGAAAGGUCCUACCAAAAAUCAUUUGUUACCUACCGCACCUAGAUCACCUUCACUCUCUCCCGUACCCGAAGCUGAAGUCACCAAGGACAGUGACCAAGCUAAAGCUCUGAAUCAAGGUAUAUCACCAUUGGAAUUUAUAAUCGUUCCGUUAUUAUCCAUCAAUCCACCUUCGCUAGUCUCGCCAAUUCCACAAUAUUGCGCGACGUAUAAUACUUUGGUAUAUCAGCACAACCAGUUAGCUAAGAUAUGUAAGACCCGCUUGAAAGCUGGACAAGUUGAGAAAAUUGUUAGCGGGGAAAAAGAGGAAGUGAGAGUCGUUCCCCUUGGUGCGGUAGAGAAGGAGAUGGCGGAGUUGGUAGGAUUGAGAAGAGUCGCGUGUCUGGGUGUAAGAAUUUCACACCCCUCUAUCUCACUAUUACAGAACCUCUUGCCUAAAAGUGUACUACACUCACCCAGACAUUCAAUAACUUUACCUAUACCUACAUCAUCAUUGAAAGCACACGACAUAACACAAUCGACUGAAGGUGCGAAAACGACCACCAAAGUGAAACCUCCAAUAGCCGGUGUUCAUUAUGCGGAUCUGCAUAUCAAGGGGAUCAAAACGAAGAUGCCGGUUGAUAAUGCCGCUAGGAAAGCUAAGAGGUUGGAGGAAGUGAGGAGGAAGAGGGUCGAAGCGAAGAUGAAAAAGAAGGAGCUGAGGGUGAAAGGCAAGCAGAAGGAGAAGCAGUCACAAUAA